UUAUAGAUGGGAGAGAAGCGAGGUAACUAACAAACUGACUUAGUGAAUCAACACAGUAGAGAAGGGUUAACUAGGCAGGUAAUUUAGCCAGCAAGAAGAAAGGGGUCCUUACGUAGCAAAGGAAAUCUGAUCGGUGCUCUUCUGGAAUGCAUCGUUUAAAAUCACUGCCUGGCUUCACCGCGGGAGUCUGUCAGUCUAGAGUUGUCAAUAGUUCGGGUAAACCCAACAGCUUUAUCCACUGGCUGUGGAAAUGGCAACAUCCUCCUGGACGGCGGGCAGAGAGCAGUGUCAGUGGUUCGGAUAGAACCCCUCUCCUCAACCCUUCUAAGUCCGAGGUCAAAAAGGCGAAAGAGGACGGAUAUACACAGAAAGAACCGAGGAAGCACAAACCGGGCUUGAUGCCAGGACUGGAGGAUAUGCUUUUCUACACAAUCACCGAGGGACAGGAGCAGAUUCCGAUCCCCAAGUUUAUCAGUGCAUUGAAAUCAACUGGGCUGCUGACCUCUGACCCCCGUCUGAAAUACUGCAUGGACCUCCUGCGUCAGACGGUACAGAGUUCCUCAAGUAGCGUCACACUGGACAGACAUCUCUUCAAAAAAUUUUUUGGAAGUAACAUUGUUCUACUGACCCAGGCCUUCAGGAAAAAAUUUGUCAUUCCCGACUUUGAAGUAUUUUCCUCACAUAUCAACCGGCUUUAUGAAAAUGCAAGAAUGAAGACCGGUGGCAAGGUUGCAGAUUACAUCCCACAACUGGCCAAAUUCAGUCCAGAUCUCUGGGGGGUUUCUCUCUGUACAGUGGAUGGACAGAGACACUCCAUUGGAGAUACCAAAAUUCCCUUCUGCUUACAAUCUUGCAUCAAACCACUGGAGUAUGCUAUUGCAGUUAAUGAGUUCAGCACCGACUAUGUUCACCAGUAUGUGGGCAAAGAACCCAGUGGACUACGAUUCAAUAAAGUCUUUUUGAACGAGGAAGAUAAACCCCAUAAUCCCAUGGUAAACGCAGGUGCAAUCGUUAUUACCUCACUUAUCAAGCCUGGAGCAAACAAAGCAGAGAAGUUUGACUGUGUUAUGCACUUCCUUAAUAAGAUGGCUGGUAAUGAAUAUGUGGGCUUCAGCAAUGCUACGUUUCAGUCAGAGAAGGAGACGGGAGACAGGAAUUUUGCCAUUGGAUACUACUUGAAGGAGAAGAAGUGCUUUCCAGAAGGUGUUGACAUGAUUGCUACGUUAGAUUUUUACUUCCAGCUCUGCUCGAUCGAGGUGACGUGUGAAUCGGGCGGCGUGAUGGCGGCUACCUUGGCCAACGGGGGGAUUUGCCCAAUCACAGGCGAGCGGAUCUUGAGUGCUGAGGCGGUGAGGAAUACCCUCAGCCUGAUGCACUCAUGCGGGAUGUACGAUUUCUCAGGCGAAUUUGCUUUUCAUGUUGGCCUUCCAGCAAAAUCUGGUGUUUCUGGUGGUGUUUUGCUAGUGGUGCCGAAUGUGAUGGGUGUCAUGUGCUGGUCUCCUGCCUUAGACAAAGUUGGCAACAGUGUGAGAGGUAUCGACUUCUGUCAGGAACUAGUUUCCCUCUUCAACUUUCAUAACUAUGAUAACUUGAGGCAUUUUGCCAGGAAACUGGAUCCACGGAGAAAUGGGAGUGAAGCUAGGGAGGAGUCAGUUGUGAACUUGUUAUUUGCUGCUUACAGUGGUGACAUAGCUGCACUGCGAAGAUUUGCACUCUCUGCUAUGGACAUGGAACAGAAAGAUUAUGAUUCACGUACGCCCUUACACAUAGCUGCCGCUGAAGGUCACGUGGAAGUAGUUUGUUUUCUUCUCGAUGCAUGUCGUGUAAACCCGUUCUGCAAAGACAGGUGGGGCAAUACUCCUCUCGAUGAUGCAAUUCACUUCAAUCAUCAGCAAGUUGCAAAGCUGUUAAGGAACUACCAGAUGUCAUACCCAUUACCCGAGACAGCAGAGUGUGAAGGGGAUACAUCUGAUGAAAGUACAGGGGAGACUAGUGAAGGAGGUGAAACAUCACCAACUUCUCUGGUUACAAAAGCCUGAAAGUCAGCCCUGGUUCCUGUGUUAUGUCUGUGAUGUGGUUGUGUAGUUGUGCAAUAGCUGUAUGCUGUCCCAGCAGUGUCCAACAAGAACCAUCAUAGUUUCAAUGGUCAACUCACCUCACUGUAGCAAAAUCUCUGCCCACUAUUUGCAGCAGAUUUCUUCAAUUUUUGGAGGGUUGAUUCCCAUAAGCUACUACUAUGUACAAGACCAAAUAAAGAGAUUGUGCCCAAAGUAAACUGAUGAGAAAUCCUCACUACUCAGUUUGAUGUACAAUGAUCCAAAAGCCAAAAUUUUAAAAAUCUGACAAGAAAUACAGAGCAGCAAAGAAUCAGAAAAGGUUGAAUAAAACAGAAGAUAUCCAAUUAGAAAUGAAAAUAAGGGAAGAUUAAUAAAAUCCCUCCACCAGCACUUUUUACUAGUGAUCUCCCAUGUAAUUAACUGUACAGCAGCUAUAUUGGAUAUAAUAUUUGAGCUAUGUACUCUUCUUCGUCUAGAAAUAAUGCAACCUCAAAACCAGUAAAAAGGAAAAUAAAUUUCUCACACACUGUACUGUAUAAUUAAGGUUCAAACUGCACAAGGUAUACUCCAGGCUUUAGUAUUUUGGUUUUUGUCAAUGUUGUACUUGUAUAUUAUGAAUUAUGAAAUGACUGUCCCUCUAGCAGCUAUAGAGUGUACAACAGAGUUGUGUGUCACCGUUUAAUGGAAGCUAUGGGCAUAAUUGAGUUUUAAAAUUGCUAUUUAUUUUGUGGUAAUGCAA